CAAUAACCAUUGUUCUGGUCCAUGAGUAAAAUGUAAGGGUCUAAGGGGAUAACGGCUAUAAACUUUAAAUUUGAAUUAUAAGCCAAAAUAAAAUAGAAAAAAGGAACGGCGCCCAACGCUCCUAUACAAAUUAAGAGAACACAACGGCAUUCUGCAGUAUCCCAUUUUCACUCAACAGCAUUCAAAAAUCAAACCCAAUUCUCUCUUCAGAAAGUGAAAGAGAGAGAGAAAAAUCAUGGCCAGCAACAUAGGAAUGAUGGAUUCUGCUUAUUUUGUUGGAAGAUCUGAAAUUCUUUCAUGGAUCAACUCUACUCUCCAUCUAAAUCUCUCCAAAGUUGAAGAGGCGGCACCAGGGGCAGUUCAGUGUCAAUUGAUGGAUGUGGCGCAUCCUGGGAUUGUUCCGAUGCACAAGGUUAAUUUUGAUGCCAAGAAUGAGUAUGACAUGAUCCAGAAUUAUAAGGUUCUUCAAGAUGUUUUCAAUAAGCUCAAGAUUACUAAGCAUAUAGAAGUCAACAAACUCAUAAAAGGUAGGCCAUUGGAUAAUCUGGAGUUCAUGCAAUGGAUGAAGAAAUAUUUUGAUUCUGUUAAUGGAGGCCUUUCCCACAGUUACAAUCCAGUAGAAAGGAGAGAAGGCAGUAAAGGUGGGAAAGAAGUGGGUCGGAAAUCAGCAAACUCACAAGCUAGUUCAAGACCCAACAAUUCUACAAGCAGACCUCAUUCCGCUCACAGCAACCGUAGAGCUGAUGGGUUUUCUGCAAACUCUGCUAACCAGUCUCUCAGAGGUGCUAAACCCUACCCGACAGCAGCGUCUGUGUCCGUCUCAGUGUAUGAAGAACAAAUUACAGAACUAAAGUUAUCAGUUGACAGCCUUGAGAAAGAGCGCGAUUUUUAUUUCUCAAAGUUGAGGGAUAUCGAGAUCUUAUGUCAAACCCCAGAAAUUGAAAAUUCACCUAUUGUUGAAGCAAUACAGAAGAUAUUGUAUGCAACAGAUGAUGAAGCAUCGGUGGUAGCUGAGGCGCAGGCGAUAGUGUCACAGCACAUAAAGCAUUUGAGCCCCAUUCUAGAGUUGAAUGAAGAGAAUGCAAUGGUUGAAAAUCAGAAGCGAAAAAGCACAUCGUUAGGCAUUGAUCUUGAUACUAAACAGUCUCAGAGGCAAAGGCUGUCUGAUGUUUCUAACAUCCAAUGUAGUGGAUCUCCUCUUGUUAACUUUUAGACCACUUCAGUGUUCAAGAGCAUCCUUACAUCUUGUGGGGGUUGCUAAUUGCUUGUAUGAAUGUUUGUACUUGGGUUUAUUUCUUCAUCUAUGGACCUAAUUUUGUUUUACAUCACUAAUUAUCUUCAUUGCUGAUAGCAUUUGAGUGGAAA